UAGAAAAUGCCUCUUUUUAGAAGAAAACGCAAGAAGGAAACUGAAGUUACAGUUUCCAACACAGAUGUUCGUCUUGUGGAUUUGAACAUCGGCCAGCUGAAGUCUCCCGACUUCACCGUUAGGAAAUCAGUGUUGUUCGACUUCCUUCUAUUGACUUAUUCACCUUCCAGGGGCGCAGUUGUAGGGAAAGUAUUUCUAAAGGACACCGUUUUCUGGCAGAAGGGCCACUCCCAAGAUUUGGCGGAAUUUGUGCGCUGUUACUUCAGGCAAGGCGCAAUUAAGUUCGUCGAACUCGUCGUCACCAGCAACAACUCGACACAAUACCUGUACUUUUACAAGGAGUAUUUCAGGUGGGUUUCAACUACUUCGCAUAAGUACGCCCAAGUCUUCAGCCACCAAGUCAGUAACUAUUAUGUAUUCAAAUCUGUCAAACUGAGGCUAACCGGGAACGUAAAUCGGUCGUAUUUCUUUGUUAACAGGUUGGAAAACGCUCCAUUUUACAUCAUUACACCGAAACCAGCAUUUAGAGUUUCAAAGGUAGUUGACUGUUUUCUCACAGUCUGGGACAGUAAUAAGUAUGACUCAUGCGUAAAUGCGCUGGUGUUUCAUAAGAACAAAAGACCAGUUUUGGCCCAUUUACAGAUAUCCUCAUCUGAGGGUUUGGAGUCACUUUACUUUAAGAAGGAGCCGUUAACAUGGAACAGAAUUACACGCUUAGAAUUCUCAGACGCAAUUAGAAACUCAGGUUUCAACCCAGACGUUCUCGGCUCAUUUUUAACUGUAAAAUUGGAUUUAAACCAUGUGAGUGAUAAAUUCGACGUUGAAACCUAUGGUUGUUCCUAUAAGCCUAGUGAUAACUUAUUACCAACUACCGAUAACACUCCCGACAGUGCUGCUGCUAAUGAAAACUUAGAUAACAGUGUAGAAAAUUCAGCCACUAGUAAGCAAUCGGUUAAAAGAACUUCAAGUGGUAACAUGAGUACAUUAGUUGUAAGCAAAAGCAUAUCACCAAAACCCGGCUAUAACGUUGUUGAAAUCACCGAUGGCAAUUUUACAGUCUUUAAAACUACCAGUGGUACCACCAAUACUAAUGUUGAUAGUAGUAACGCAGUUGAAAAUAGUGAUCCUAACAAAUUUGUAGUAUUUGUGAAUGUUCUAACGUACCAUAAUGAGUACAAACUACUCGGCGUAUAUUUCAGAGGAAGUGAGGGAACUGAUGUCAUGUACUUUACAAAGCCAUUUAAAGGCAAAUGGUCACAAAUUACCCCAGAACAAUAUUACUCUCUCUUUACCCCCGAUAAUUUCACUAACCCAUUUACCCUAAGUAACCCUAGUCCACCUGCUGAUCCCACUACCCCAGUUUCGAAUCCCAGUAGCCCCAGCGCUAAGAUGCUAAAACCGUUAAAUCCCUUUCGUUUAGUAAUGGGGAGCUUUGUGAAUAGAUCGGGGCUGAGAAUUCAAACUUAUUCAUCGACAGUUGUUGAUGCGAAAGGAACCAUAGUAUUAGUCCACGGUGCUUAUGGGCACUUUUGUUCAGAUUUCGCCACUUACAAUAAGGAUUAUUUCCUCAAGUAUGAGCAGUUCAAGUUACUCCCAGAGGUUAGGGCGGUGGAUGAAGUUGUUGUUCCCACUUUUGAUGUGGAACGGCAACUGUACGACGGACUCUCAAAUCACUCCGACGUCUUUGAAUAUAGACAACAUGACGGGUUGGCACUCUCAGAAACCGGUGAACGGUUUAUACUUGGGAAUAGCUUUACAGAAGCCCUAAACGCCCUGGGAUACAGUGUUUACGGUCUUGAUUUAACCUCUCAUGGACGCUCGGAAACAGUAAAUAAUAUUAGAUAUUAUGUUAAAACCUUUAUGGACUACGUUCACGACGUUUUACAAUUUGUCGAAAUUGUUAAAUCGAAAACUAAGUCAUCAGAACAACCCAAUGAGUCUAAGUUAUACUUAUUAGGGUAUUCAAUGGGAUCAAACAUAGCUUUAAGGGCUGUUAAUUAUUAUUAUCAGCACCUAAACUCUAAUUCUCCCAAUAAUUCUGACGGUAAUAAUUCUAACAGUGGUUCACGAGUUAAUGCUAAAUUUGUUGAUGGAUUGAUAUGUUUAUCAGGAAUGUAUGAAUUUGCAGCAAUUCAGAAUACUCUUUUGAAGACACUGGCCAGUUUUGUAAUCUCAAUCUUGGCAUUCUUCGUACCAGAAAAAGGUAAUCCAUUGGAAGACUAUUUCGACAAUACAAUCUGUCUAGAUGCAUACACUAGAUUUAGGGACCCUUGGUACUGGCCUAAAAAGACUAGGAACAGAAUGUUGCACUUGAUGAUUCGGGCUAGUUUUGAUCUCCAUAAGCACCUUUCGUACAUUCCUCAAGACUUACCAAUUCUGAUGCUAAACUCAAACGGAGACGAACUUGUCACACUCCGAGGAGCUAGAAGAAUUAAUAACUUGUUGAAGAAUUCAAAAUUAGUAGAGUUGGACGGAAAUGUACAUGGGCUCCCGUUUUCACAAUUCUUUACAAUUAUUAUGCCUGUGAUCUCAAGCUGGCUGAAUGGAUCAUUGUAACCUUAUACAUUACUUCAAUAAUAUACUAUUCACAUGCUACAAAUAA